CGUCUCUACGAUACUCAGUGUCUUCUUGUGCCUGACGCUUGCCUCUCCUCAUCUCUAGUCUGUGUGUCUUUGCCUCUUUCAUCAUGAGUACCAGGCUUUGGACAGAGGAGCAGUUUAACUGCCCUGUGUGUUUGGACCUGCCUCACGACCCGGUCACCAUCCCCUGCGGCCACAGCUACUGCAUGGACUGCAUCAAGGACUACUGGGGGAAAGACGACCACGUGGGGAUAUACAGCUGCCCGCAGUGCCGGCAGACCUUCUGCCCCAAGCCUUCGCUCUCCAGGAACACCAUGUUGGCAGAGGCUGUGGAGCAGCUGCGGCGUGGGGCCAGCGACUCCACACCAGCUCCCGAGCCCUCCUCCUCCUCCUCCUCAUCCUCCUCCGCAAUAGUCCCCUGUGACGUGUGCCAGGGGGACCCCCUCCCUGCGGUGAAGACCUGCCUGGUGUGCCUGGCGUCGUACUGCGAGCCUCACCUGAAGCCCCACCGGCAGGCGGCGGCGCUGAAGCGGCACGAGCUCAUCAGCCCCACGGGGCAGCUGACGCAGAAGAUCUGCCCCCAGCACAAGUACCUGCAGGAGUUCUACUGCCGCAGCUGCCAGGCCUUCAUCUGCUGGCUCUGCACCAGCAACCAGCACAAGGACCAUGAGACCACUUCCGCCAAGGCCGAGCGGAUCGAACGGCAGAAGGAAAUGGGUGAGGUACAGGCGGAGAAUCAACAGAAGCUCCAGGAAAGAGAGAAGGAGCUAAAGGAAAUGAAAACUGUUGUGGAGUGUCUCAAGCGCUCAGCAGACAGGGUGCACGGAGACUCGGAGCAGAUCCUGAGUGAGCUGCAGCACUCCCUGGAGCGUCUGCAGGAGCUGGUACAGGAGGUGAUGGACUCCAGAGGCCAGGAUAAACUCAGGGAGACCCAGGACGUGGUGGAAAAGCUGGAGGCAGAGAUCCGCGAGCUGAAAAGGAGAGACUCUGAGAUGAGGCAGCUAGUCGCUUGCGAGGACAACAUUCACUUCCUGCAGAACUUCAAGACUCUCUGCAGCCCCUUUGAGGGAGGUGAGCUGCCCACCGUGACUGCCAGUCCCGACGCUUCUUUUGAGCCUGUGUGCACAGUCUUGGUGGAACUACGCAAUAAAAUAGAGGAUCUUUGCAACCAAGAUCUGUGCCAGAUCACCAAGACAGUGGAAAACAUGCAGCCAUUUACGCUUGGGGACACAGUCAAGAAUGCUGCUGGUACGAAGUUUUCAUUUUUAAAAAUAUUUGGACGGAGCUCCAGGAACACAGAUAAACAAGGUACCUCUGUGACGGCCCGUGCUGUGGAAAGACGAGGUUUGCGAGCUCCGGACGUCAGGAGCAGGGACACACGAGCAGCGUCACCACGCCCACAUCGAGCUCACAACGUGGAAAGGAGAGAGAGAGAACAAGACAGAGCGUCGCCACGCCCACGUCGAGGUAGAGAUGUAGAAAGGACAGAGAGAGAACAAGCCAGUCAACAGAGAGGGAUGGAGUCUCAGAGGAGAGCUGACCCCGCAGUUGCCCACCCUGUGGUCCAUCCUGGGGCAGGAAGUGUUGCGGGGCAAUAUGGAGGGGGUGCAAAUGGAACAACUGGUCCAGUAACAGCUGCACUGAUACAGCAAGUCAUACCUAAUCCCAGUCUAUUCCUGGACGACACUCCGACUGAUACCAUGAUGAACCCAGCAUUCCCUGAAUUGACAGAAAUCUCCCUUCAGAGCCUGCAGGCCCCAGCACCCAGGACUAGAGCAGAGUUUUUACAAUACGCCUGCAAGCUGACCCUUGACCCCGCCACCGCCCACCGCCGCAUCAGCCUAUCAGAAGGCAACACCAAGGCCACGCUGCAGGGGUCGACCCAACCGUACCCGGACGUGCCCACGCGCUUCGACAGCUGGACGCAGGUGAUGUGCCGUGACCCCCUGACGGCCGACCGUUGCUAUUGGGAGGUGGAGUGGCGCGGGCGGGGCUCUGCCGUGGGCGUGGCCUACGCGCCCAUGGCGAGGAAGGGGGCGGACGGCCGUGCGGGGCUGGGCUACAACGCGCUCUCCUGGAGCCUGGAGCUGUCGGACACCUGCUGCGCCGCCAUGCACCACAACGAGAAGCACGACAUCGCUGUGGGAUACUCGCCUCGCGUGGGCGUCUUCCUGGACCGCAGAGCCGGGACGCUGGCCUUCUACAGCGUGGCGGACAACAUGUCGCCCCUGUACACUUUCGAGAGCGGCUUUGUGGAGGCCCUCUUCCCCGCGUUUGGAGUGGGCAGUGGAGUGGGCAUCGGCCUGGACUUCGCCAUGGGCCAAUUCAGCUCACUCACCGACAGCAUUAAGAUCUGUCCUCUCUGAGGCACACUGUAUUUCACUGAUUCAGGACAAACACAGAUGUUUUGCAGUCAUGCUCUAUUGCUGUAAACUGCCAUCAUACUGAAUAUUACAUUUCCCAAUUAGAUUGUAACAUGUGCGAGUAUCAUUAAUAUCAAAAACAUUAUUUUUAUUAUUAUCAUGCUGGUUUCACACUUUAUUUAAUGAAAAAGGUAUUGCUGUGUGAAGAAUGCAUUAAUGAAAAAAUAGGUGACUAGGUGCUAUGUACAUAAACCUGCAAUAAAAGUGCUAAAACAAA